AUAGAGCUCUCCUCCGCAGGCUACCCUCGAGGAGGAUAUCAAACUUAGUCGCAAAGCGUACGUUGUCGCGUGUGUUUGUUCGCGUGGCCGACACGCUAAUCGGCGUUCGUCGCGAAACGUUCACCGUUCCGCUAUCGCUGUCGCUAUCGCUUUUGCUUUUGCUUUUGCUUUUCAUUUUGCUUUUGCUUUUGCGAACGUCACGUUUACGCAGAAUCGGAUUUCGAUUGUUCGCGUACCUCGGCCGAGUCGACUAGCAGUCGAUUUUCAGUGUAAUUUGCUGAGAAACGUUGAUGGAGAAGGGCUGAUCUCGUGGCAGUGACUUGUUGAACACGGCUUACGACAAUGAGCGACGCGUCACAACCGUGAAGAGUACCAGAAGUGACAGGACGGACAGAGUGCAGCCACGAGCAUCGAUGGCGGCCGCGAGCUUUCCGCCAAACUUUUCAAACGUCGGUAUUCUGGAGAACUGCGCCAGCAUGGAGGCGACGAAUGGUGCGAUCGAGCACGAUUUCCACAAUGCGUUGGUGCCCAUAAACGGUAGCCACUCGGGUAGCUCCGGAAGGAGUACACCAAACGGAGGCGAUCCGGCUCCAGGCAAACUGUUCGUCGGCGGCCUGUCUUGGCAGACUAGCAGCGAGAAGCUCAGGGAGUACUUUGGCAUGUUUGGUACCGUCACCGAUGUUCUCAUCAUGAAGGAUCCGGUCACACAGCGUAGUCGCGGAUUCGGCUUCAUCACGUUCGCCGAGCCGGGUAGCGUGGAGAAGGUGCUCAAGUGUCCAAUCCACACGUUGGAUGGUAAGAAGAUCGAUCCGAAGCACGCAACGCCGAAGAACCGCGCGAAACAGGCGAAUCGCACCAAAAAGAUCUUUGUUGGCGGCGUCAGUCAGGAUACCAGCAGCGACGAGGUAAAGGCCUACUUCAACCAGUUCGGUAAGGUCGAGGAGACGGUGAUGCUGAUGGAUCAACAGACCAAGCGACAUCGUGGUUUCGGAUUCGUGACAUUCGAGAACGAGGACGUGGUGGAUCGCGUGUGCGAGAUCCAUUUUCAUACGAUCAAGAACAAGAAGGUCGAGUGUAAGAAGGCUCAGCCGAAGGAGGCGGUUCAGCCAGGCGCGUUGGCCUUGGGGAAAAGGGUUGUGUUGGGCGCGUUAGGCGUCCGACUAGCGCCUCAACCACCGCUUCCGGUCGCCGCAGCUUCCCAGUUAGUCGCCGCUCAAGCACAGGCCCAAGUACAAGCGGCUGCGGCCGCGGCCGCUGCAGCUCAGGUCCAGAACGCCGUCGCCGGAUACGGGAAACUGUUUGCCAGUAGCUAUCCUGCGCUUUCCGCUUACAGAUACGCGCCGUACCCGAUUCCAGCCGCGGCGGUGGCCGCUGCUGCGGCUGCGGCAGCUCCGGCUCCUGCACCCGCGCCGCCCUCGGCCGCUGCCGCGGCUGCUGCUGCUGCCGCCGCGACGCCUGCCGCCGCGGCUGCUGCCGCAGCUGCACCUGCCAAUCCAUAUCAGGGCUAUUCGCUUACCAACGUCGACAUGUCCAGCUUUCAGGGCGUCGACUGGGGUUCCAUGUACGGUAUGGGCAUGUACGUCUAAGUCUAACUCUACGUCUACGUCUACGUCUACGUCUACGUCUACGUCUACGUCUACGUCUAAGUCUAAGUCAUUCGACUCAUCGAAACCAACUCUGAUCCGAGUACGUACAGAGCACACGCUUUCACGAUUCUUGCGCGCGCUGGCCUAUACGCAUCUCCGCCUCUGCGUGCCCGCGCGCGUUAUUAAAUAUAUACAUCUAUACACACUGAUACGUAUUUAUAUACAUAGAUAUAUAUAUAUACAUGUCAGUUAACGCCAUGGUAAAAUCGAUGACGAAAUCACCGUAAAUCCUUCCGAGCUUCCGAUUCGUUCGUACCCUAUAGUCUGUUAGUUUGUUCGGUGACUCCAAAAUGCGUUUUAAUAACGCAUCUUCGAGACUCGUUUUCUGUAGAAACGAACCACUAGGCGGCAAAUCACGGUACGUCUACGCACCCAAGAUUCGCGUAGAUGAGAAGAAAUUGCGAAACGAUCGAGAAAACAUGGAAGCAUGAAAGGACGGAAGCGAGCUCUAAAAGGAUCAGAGUUGUGCGUAACGUCGAGCAGGGUAAGAGAACUUGCCCAGCCAGAAACAAAAGUCAUUCUUCUUGCGUUUAUUACUCAUCGUUAUCGCUUGUCACUUAAUUUAUUAGCGAGAGUGCAUGUCCGUGUGCGCGCGAGAAAGAAAGAAUGAGAGAUCGGUACGUAUUCGAUCGUAUCGCGUGUUUCGUUGCGAUAUCUUUUCAUCCUUGGCUCGAGUAGUCCACGAUUCAUUUUACCCACGCGAUUAUUCCACGUGUUUUGCGUUUCCAUCACACUUGGUUCCUAGUUAGAUUAGCACACUCCCUGAAACGCGAUACGGUGCGCGUUCUUUUCCGGCUUAUCGCCGUGCCCAACCGUACAUGAUAACUAACUAAUUACUUAAUUAAUUAAGCGAUAUUGGCGGCCGUAAACCACGACCGCCCUACUCUCAAGGAUCUCGACCAUAAGCAAUAAAACAGGGGAGUUAGAGAGAAAAGAGAGAAAGCUUGAAUGGGAGUGAGAGUGAGAGUGAGAGUGAGAGUGAGAGAUAGCUCUGGACGUUGUGCCGUGAACCGAGCUUGCGAACUGAAUCUACUAGCAUUACUUUCGUUCUAUCUUGGUUGUCCGCGGUUGCCCUCUUCCUUUAGAUUUAUGAUGGCGUUGCUCGUAACCAAGCGGAAUCACGCGCCUAAAAGAACGCGUCUGUUUCAAUAGCCGUACCGCGCCGCGCCGCGCCGCGCCGCGCCGCGAGUCGGCGAUCCCAACACGUCGCUCCUUUCUUCCUCUCCAGAGAACGAGGCAGAUCUCCUUUUCGUCGCGCGAUACUCCUCCGCCUCGAUGAAAGUGCCAAACGAAAACGCUGGAUCGAUCCCUCGAGGGAUCGUCGCCGAAACUCCUCCGUACCAGCUUCCAUCGGCAGCGCGCAAUCUUCUCCGUUUGUUCGUGGUUUCGCGUGUGCUUCCGCUCGGCUAUUAGCUUCGCGACGACAACAACAGGUCGAUCCUAAGGACACACUCCAAUACAUACACACACAGCUACACUUAUACGUAAACACGCAGGAUCGGUGACGCGACGAUACACGCGUACACGGAGAGACACCAUUAUGGCGAACUCGUACGAAAUAUGUACAAGAAACGCGUCGUAAUAGGAAUAGCUAUAGGUAUACAUAUAUUUUUCUCCGAGUAAUGGACGACAAUAUUUACUCCAUCGCGCGAAUAGUAGACUCGUUAAAGUUUGAACGAGAACAACGCGCGAUUAGAGCAUGCAAAACAGAGACAAACGCGUUUUUCAUGAAUGAUACUCACGUUUCUAAGUAUAGUUUGAUAGUCGCGAGCAUAGCGACUACGAAAGCGACUGCGGUAACAAGUACCCAAGAUCGAGAUUAGCUCAGCGUUACGUUAAGCGCGCCUAGUUUGUAAGUUUGAAGCAGGUUUAAGCUAGACUUUUAAGGCGUUCGUGACAAAACAAAGUCGAUACUUAAUUUAUACGAAUUCGCGCGCGCGUCACGCUCCUCUCGUUUUCGGCGAUAAAACACUACCGAGAUGGCUGCCGUUUCCGAGACAUCGAUCUUUCGCUAUUUUCCUCUCGCAAUCUUGCCAAUUCUCGCCAUCUUGCUUUUCAAGUAUCGAUCCUUGUCGUCUGAACAACCUAUCCUUCUGUUUUUCUUUCGGUUUUCUUCUUUUGCUACCUUUCUUUAUUUUCCUUUUCUUUUAUUUUUUUUUCACGUAACCGCGAUUCCAAGUACGAUUCACGGGCGUGAAAGAGUACGAGCGUAUCAGUUCGAUUGGCGUUUCGUUUAUUUAUUUGUAUAUCGAGAAUUUCGAUUAGCCUAUUUACAGAAAGUAAGUCGAACGAUCGAAAGCAUUUCGAUGGAAAUGCGAAAGAUCGACGAACAAAGGGCAGCGAAGCGAAGCGUUUUAGAAGAGAAGUCGAUAAUUAAUAAAAUGUACGUAGUCGUCGAUGGCGAGAAGAAGGUGUCGCGACGAUCCGUGCGAGAAAUUUCGAGCAAUAAGCGAUAUCCACCGAGACCUUCGAGUUGUACCGUUUACGUUUAAUGAUUGCGAUAAGCGAGAGGAGAGACAUAAAAAACAAAGGAAAACAAAAAAAAAAAGAAGACGUACGAUAAUAUGCGAAUGCGCGAAAGCCUCGCUGUUCGCUGUUCGCUGUUUGCUGUUCGCUGUUCGCUGUUUGACGAACAGACAGCAAGGAAGAAGUUUCUUCCAAACAACAAGUAAUAUUCUUUAGUGAUAUACAUCUUAAUAUACUUACUUAACGUAUAUCCUAAUCUUAACGACGACAAAGCUCGCGAGUGAUAUUUAUGACUUACACGUAAGAUGAUAUUUAGAAUGAUAAGUGGAAAGAAAGAAAGAAAGAAAGAAAGAAAGAAAGAAAGAAAGAAAGAAAGAGUAAGCGAUGACAAGUACGCCUUAAAAGAACCGCGAGAAGCAAAAACGUAAGCACGCGUGUGCGGUGAAUCUAGCGUGAGACGAUAAUUCGACUAGAGAUACCGCUUGGUGCAAACCGAAUUUUAUUUUUCGCGGUUUGCGUACUCGAUAAACGGUGCGUACUUAAAGCUAACCUUGAGGACACCCGAUAUCGAUGUAUCCUGGCCUGUCCGCUCCGCAUAUCCUAUCGAUCUUUUACUAGAGUACUUUCUUUCCCCGACUAGUAUAUCGUCAUCCCUAUCGCGGCGUUACACGAACGAGAUGUUGAGGAUUUUUUUCUUUUUUUCACGGUAUGCUAAUAAUGGUAUUUUCGCUCGAACAGACUCGAGUUAAUCGUGUCCUCUUCGUCUUGGCGCGUUCUCGUCACCAAAAGAUUCGCCGAUGCAUACUGCGCGAGCCCAAGCAACGAAUAACAAAUAAACGGAAGGAUGCGGCAUACGAUUCGAUGAACAAAUGGCAACUUUCGAUCGUGUCGAUGGAUUUUUUUGAUUAUAUCUCUGGAAUGACCUUUGAUCGUGUAUAUCCUCUUCGCCAACAUUUAUCCCGUUUCCGUAACCUCUUGAAAUUCCUUUAAUAUAUCUUUGCAAAUGAUUAUGUAUUUUAAACGCGACACACAAAACGCAUACACAAAACGCUCAGCACCCCUCACACAUACACAAAUAUGUAGACACAGUACAUAUAUGCAAAGACACAUUGCGAAUGUCGAGAGUAAUUGUUAGCGUAGCUAGUAUAUUUUGAUGAGCGCUAACCACCCAUUAGUUGAGAAUGAUCAGUAGGUGAAGCAUGCUGGUUGAAAUAUCUUUUAGAGCCGGUUAUCCUCCAUUGUUUCGUCACACCGCAUUCGUCGUUUCUUCGUAUAACUUGAAAGCACACAGUGUCUCGCUGCUCUGUCUUCUUGCUAACUUUUAACGCGACGCGCCAAGGGUAUAUUCGAUUGAACAUUUUUCUUUUUUCCACAUCUUUUCCUUUUCUUUUAUUUUAAUUAGUUUUUCGUUCUUUCGUUCGUUUAUUUCCUCGAUUACAUUUUUUCUUUUUCAUGGUUCAAAGUGUUUGUAGCGUGCAGCACUCGUCCGUUUUUACAUUUCAUGAUUUACUUGUUCGGGAAAAAGACAACGGUUAAUUAUUUACGUCGACUGUCGACGAUUCUCCAAGCAAUACGCGUCGUGCCGUUUACGACAUCCCAGUCGAUCGUAACUUUGUGCCUUGUCUUACCGUUACUUGGUAUUAUUAUCAUUAUCAUUAUCAUUAUUGUUAUGAUUAUUAUUAUUAUUAUUAUGAUUAUUAUUAUUAUUAUUAUUAGCGAUUAUUAUUAGCGAUUAUCGUCGAUCGAUUUACUCGACUUUCUCGUCAACCCCGCGUAUACGUUUCGCAAUUACCGAAACAUCGUUGCUCUUCAUCUUUCUGGUCAGCGAUUAUAUGUAUACAAAUUAGGCUCAGCCUCGAGCGCAGCGAAGGUCGCAAUGGGUUUGCACAAAUUCGAAAUUCUCGUUGCAGAGUUUCGUUCCCUCUCCCUCUCCUUCUCUUAUCCCGUAUCAUAUAUACAUAUAUAUAUUUUUUUUUUGUUUUUUUUUUUAUUUUGUUUAGCCUUAUAUUGUCUUCUGUCUAUUUUCCUAUCUGUCUGUAUGUACGUGAGAGUGUGUUUUCGUGUUGCCAUAAGCGUUGAGGGAUAUAGCCGUGCAACGAGCAUCGUCCAACGAUCGUGUCUCGAGAAAGUUUGCGCGAACCUGUUCGCUACCCGCUCGAGCGAGGCGGAUUCGUCAAUACCCAAAGGGAAACGAAUCGGACUCUGAGACCGCCGCGCGUCCGCGUCCGCGCCCACUCGCGUCCACUCUAUAUUUUAGUUGGCCAUGUAGAAGAAUAUUUUGCUCGACGAAACGUACUUAGAAAUCGCAAUCUAUUCAUCUCUGACCUUACGAUUGUUCGGAGAUUGUCUAUCGACGGAAGUUUUAUUCAUUGCCUCGUCUUUUUUCAUAAGAUUCUUUUGUCGAAGGAAUCUUCGAACAACCGACAAUGCGGUGUUUUACGAUUAUUAAUAUAGACAAAGUAGCGAUUUCAACUUAACAUUAAUUUUUCGAGCAUUAUUUUCUUCCUUGAUGCACCACUCUUCGACGCGAAAAAUUUCUUGAAAAACGGACGCGUGCACGUACAUUUAUUUCCAUGAUCAUCGGCCGUAAACUAGAGAGCGAAUGAAAGAGACGGGAGAGAGAGAGAGAGAGAGAGAGAGAGCACAACUUAGCAGGAAUACGCGGGGCGGCGAACACGAAAAACGACAAGUAUGACAUAGUUUAGUUCGAUGCUUAGAUGAGUUGCCAAUAAAGUAGUUGGUUUCAAACUUGUAGCUAACCUGUAUAUUGUGUACCUAUUUUGUAUACUCUGACCAGCUCCCGUUCGUCCUAUGCUGAUCCCCUCCUUUUUUUCGUAACAAACACUUUUCCUUCCGUAUACAUAUAUAUAUAUAUAUAUCCUCGCUAACUGUAUUUCUUUCGUAUUUUUAUCUCUGGCAAAAGUAAUUUAUCUGUGUUUUUCAUUUUGGUGCUGUGUAAUACUACGCUAUUCUCUCGCUCAUUCAUAUACCCGUAUAUAUGCAUUGUUUAUGUUUCCUCGUAUACCCCACUCAACUUGGAUCUAAAGUGUUUAUAUUGUAUCUUUUGUACGAAUCGUGAUACACGCUAUUCUAGAGCGUAUAUCGAUUAUUUUUCCAUUUAUUUCUUCUUCUACUCUGUUUCAUUUUUUUCUUUCUUUUCUUCCUCUCCUUUUUUAUGUUAUUUUAUGUGAAAAAAAUUUGUUUGCAACUUUUUCAUUCGUCAGCGGUGUCGAAGGUUGGCGCAGCCGUUGGUGCCGGAGGCGCGCCACCGCGGGCGCAUCGCUAAUUGGCUGAUUAAUAUUAAGCUGUAAUUAGCCUCGUUAACCCCGGUGGGCACUCGUUUCGCGACGCUCUCUGAUUGGUCGGAACACGGCCCCUGCGUGCCCUUCGGCUCAAAGCCAGCGCGCGCCGCGCAUCGAGGACCUUUCUCGCGCGAUUCCAAUCGUAUCUCGCGUCGUUUACGAAUCGCCGAUAACAAAUAACGAGUUUCGUCUAAUCUCGGUAAAAGGUCAAAAGUCUGCUCGCCAACUAGAUCUACAUGUAGUCUCGUCAAGUUUCGAACGCGCGACUAGGAUUUAAUCGCGAAACAAACAAGCUGAGAAAGGUGUGACACGAAUCGAAAUACGAAAAGGUCUUGGACACACCGAACAGAGAAGCGGAUAACGGGUUGAAACAUUCCAUUAAAUCAUCAAGAAACAAACCUCUUUGUUUCGUGUUCUCAACUACGUACGAUACGAUACGAUACAUAGAAACAAAGCGGUUUCCGAUGAACGCGUUAACGGGAAAAAUGGCCAUUCCUAUCGAAAGGAAGGACGGUGUGCACUCCGCCGGCACUCAUAGGCAAAACUCUUUUCUAACAUUUCUUCCUCUUUCCUGUCGCCCCAUGUUGCUUCUUAAGCGGUCCAAGACAACCAGAGGAAUUGUUGUAGCGCAUGCAUUUUAGCUAGAGUAUCCCAGGCGCGCUCUAACCAGCAAGUAAGAGUAAAUUUUAAAAUUAAAUUUCGAUAUGUACACAGUUUUUUCUCCGCCAAGACCCAACAGGCUCCUUCUUUCGCGGUCGCUCAAUCUUUUUGCUGCCAAAGUGAACGACGAUUCGCAAUUUUAACUUUGAUUUACCCUGGAAUAUAUAAUACGAUAAUAUAAUAUACCUACGUCUUGUCGAACUUUGGCAGUUGAAAGAUGAGAAUUUUGAGCAAUCGAUGGAAGAAUCGUUACUUGGUUUUCCCAUUCCUCCGAUAUCCCGAAGAGUACGAAGGCUCGGCUUACCACCUCUACGUCCUUUUAACCUUUUGCGAAUGGACCGGUAAUUUAUUAAUUUCGAUCGAACAACAAAAUUAACCACAUGGAACGAUGUUAUUAUCGAAUAUUGAAAAGUCGAUUGAUGGCGUACGAGGCAAACAAACCCGCUGACCUGCCGAACAACUAGAGUCCAAGCGCAAAGGAUUGACGAGACAAGUGUGUGCGUUUUGCCGCUUGCCGAUUUCAGAGCCGUUCGGUUGCCGAUAAAAGAAUAGCUGACCGCGACUAGCCUGAUCGGAUUGCGAUCGAAUCCAACAGAAUCUGAACAGACUUUACUCGAUCCAAAAACCCUUUUUGCACGUACGCUCGAUCAAAGGAACGAGCAAAGACACCUGGCAUCGCAGCACGGAGAAAGAUAUGUUCCGGUUUCCAGAAAUUCGCGGGAAUCGAUCGCGAGAGACCUCUCCGAAUUACGUAGAUCGAGAGAGAUUUAAAAAUUGUUCGCUAGAGACGCGAAAACCUUGCCUUCGAAACGAUUCGAGAUGAAUAGUUGACGAUCAUAGGGAUCGGUGUACAUAUCGUCGAAUUGUCAUAGUUUGGUACGAGUUGUACAAUAGGUUGUAGAUGGUUUUGUACGUAGGUUGCGCGCUGUGAUUCCUCUCGUGUUGUGUCGUUGUUCUCGCGAAAACGAGCAGCAAGAAAAACGUAAUACGAUAUAAUAAAUGUAAGAGACAUUUUUUUCGCGUAGCUGGACCGAUUCGAUCAACGUUUAACUAGUCUCGCGUGAGCAAUCAGAAUUCUUUCAGCUGCAUCGAGCGAAGCGUAAGACAUAUCGAUAACCUCCGACAUAUCAUUUUACGAUUUAUCAAGAUUUCAGUCGACUCGAGUCGACUAUAAUAUUUCGCGAUUUCGUACCGACACGACGGAAAACGGAAAACGGAAAAGAUACGCGUUCGUUUCGUUCUGCUUUCUCCGUGCAGUUGGGGGCGCCACUCUUUCCUUAGUUUUACGAUCUUCGAUUCGACAGAACCCGAGUGCCUUAUUCGAUCUCCAUGUGCCCCCAUCGUGUAUUCCCAACCCCGAGACCAAACACCCUUCGAAAUUCGAACGAAAAUAUCUCAACAACUAAAGAAACGAUACACAGAGAUACAGAGAGUGAAAAAUGUAAGAGAAAAAGAUAAGCAAGACAGCGAAAAGAAAAACAGCAACUAUUCCGAUGCAUAUUAAUUCCCAUUUAAUAGGUAGAGUAGAGUUGAGAAGGUUGAUCGCUAGAGAAGGCAAGAGAACCGCUACCACGAAUUCGGAUCCGAGACCUGCCGACCAUCGCGACUGAGAAACAGGUAAGACAACUUUCUUCUUUUUUCUCUCUCUUUUCUACCCUUAUGUACUCGAUGUACAGAGUGGUUUAACAGGCAUCUUGGUACAGCCAAACAAAAUUUAAAGAAAAAUUUUCGAUUCGAUUCGAUUCGAUUCGGCCAACUGUUUCCGACUGUACCACGAGGUUUCAUCCACCCUGUGUAAAUAGGACACCUAUACAAAUUAUCCUCUUAUACAUGUACACGCAUCGUUCCGUAGAUUUUUACAUAAUUAGAUGCGAUAGACGUUGCGAGAUUUAGCGUGUUAGUUGCGAGCAUUGGGUACCACCGCUUUCGUGGUAUAGAGGACCGACGAAUCAUAUGUGUAUCACCCUACCGCACGCAUCAUAAUACGUAGUAAAUGUUGGUAGUUGUUACUAGCAGAGCUAAGAUUUGUCGAUGGUGUAGGCGUAGUAUCAUAAUUCCACGCAUAAUACAGACAUUUUUUUGAGCAAUGCAGGAAAGCCUCGGGAUCGAGAAAACUGCUGCUUCCUAACAAUAUCUUUUUCCUUUUGGUACGCAAACAGAUCGUGUCGUGUUGCGUUGCUUAUUUUACGUCACACUUUCUAUUCUCUAUUUUCUAUUUUCUAUUUUCUAUUUUCUAUUUUCAAGUUGUAGUCGUAUUCUCGCUUUAAUUCUUUUUUAAUAACACUCUCGACCGAUACGAUCAAGUCGAUCGAGAUCUUGCAACAUCUUUUUGUCUCUCGGCCGCGACACUGGAUACGUAAUACGAUGUUACGCUUCGUUUACGAGUUUUUCACGCGGAAACGUUCAAAUUGAUAAGCGAUAGCGUCUUCUUCUUUUUCUCUCUUCCCGAAGUUUUCUUGUUAACCAAACUUUGAAAUCAACGAGAAUCGAAUUACAUCGUAUUUCAUUUCGUCCUCUCGCCUCGUAACGUGCCUCUUGCAUCGGGAAUUGAUCACCGAAUGAAUCUCUUUCGGCAUAUUUCUCGUUUAUCUCGAGCUUAGGCGAUGAUUGAAACGUCCCCGUCGCGACGUUUCCACAUGGAAGGCUACGUGCCAACGAUAUCAAACUUGCAAUAGAAAAGAGCUGCAUCGUGCAUGAGUAAUGAUUUUUACCUGUAUUACUAACACGUUUCCGAACGAUUAUCUCGUAUUGGUAAAUAAAGAAACGGCUCGAAAGUUGAAAGUCCAAAAAGAAUCAUGGAAAUUGAAAGUGUUGGGAAACAUUGCUCGAUCAAAAAUCUCGAAUACAGGCGCGAGUCGUUGUUUGCGCGACCGCGACCACGACCGCGACCGCGACCGAUCUACCUAUAUCGUAUAAUCGAGCGUUUUUUAUUUCACAGUAGAUGCGGUGAAUUAGCAAACGUGAUACGAGACAGUCGUGCCGUAAAGAGGCAAAGCGAGGCCUUACGUAGUCGCAUGUGUGAUUUGAACGGUAACAGAAACAGAGUGAAACAAGUAUACGUAUAACGUUGUAAAUGUUGAUCUUUGUAAUGGUUCUCACCACUACUGCCAUCACCGCCACCCGCCACCCGCCACCCGCCACC